AUGGACAGUACUGAGCUGACUAUUGGUGGUCUUCUCGUUGUUGGUUCGGCUAUUUUUCUGACCUUUUUCAGCGGAAGGAUUACUGUCUUGCUUGUUGCUGUGGUCGGUUUUUGUAUAUUUGUGAAUGAAAGGCAUAACCAUGCCAGCUCCAAUACUGGUGCAUCCGAGAUAGCUGCAACUCUAAGCGAGAAAACAGUAGAAGAAGUCCUUCCACUGCCAAAGAAGAAAAAAUGUUGUGGUGGUGGUGUCGGUGGAAAAUGUUGUUCCGAGACCAAGAAGGAAGGUGACCAUAGUGAUGGCGGAAGCUGUUGUUCAAGCAAGAAGAAGCUGGUAGAGCCUUUGCUACAAAAAUUGAAAGAAGAAAAGCCAGCUAGCGCCACUGAAGAGCCCUCAUAUCCUAUUAGUGUAGAUUUUACUGAAGCAUUCAAAUCUACUUCAAAGAAAAGUAAAAAAGUUCCUAAGAUUAUUGUUGGUGUUAACAAAAAAAAAGAGUCUGAAGAAGAUAUAGUGAAAUCAGCAUUGACUGUUUCUAAUGAAAAGCUUCUCUCUUCACAAAUUUAUGUCUUCUACAGUUCCUUGCAAGGAGCUGCUGAAAGAGUUGCUCGUACGGUCUAUGAAGAUUUGAAAAAUGUCAAGGACUUGAAUAAUGAGCCUAUCUUGAUGAACCUAGAUGAAUUAAAUGACAUUGAUGAGUAUUUUGUUGAUGUACCGGUUGAUAAUGCCUUAUACAUUCUAGUUGUACCAUCAUAUGACACUGACUGUCCACUUGAUUAUUUUUUACAAACUUUGGAAGAGAAUUAUCAUGAUCAUAGAGUUGAUAGACUUCCUUUGAAAAAACUAAUGGGUUAUGCUGUGUUAGGUAUUGGUGACAAAGAAUCAUGGCCAGAUAAAUUCUGCUACCAAGCAAUAAAUGUUGACCAUUGGAUUGCUAAAUUAGGUGGUCGUAGAAUUUUCCCAGUCGGUGAAGUUUGUAUGAAAACAGAUGGUAUGCAGGGUGUGGACAAAUGGACUAAUUUACUUGCUGAUACCCUCGAAGAUGAUGAGCCUAUCAUUUAUCAAUAUGACAACGAUGCCGAGUCUGACUACGAAGAAGAUGAAGAACAAAUUGAUUUUGAUUCUGAUACUGACGUCCAAGAUGUCGAAGAUAUCGGUGGCAAGCAACAAUCAAAAGGUGAUUAUGGUAUGGAAGUUAAACAAAUGGUUGCCAAAAAUAGUCCUACAUACAACAAUUUAACUAAGCAAGGUUAUCGUAUUAUUGGUUCUCACUCGGGUGUUAAAAUAUGUAGAUGGACCAAAAAUGAACUGAGAGGUAAAGGUUCGUGCUACAAAAAGUCAUUGUUCAAUAUUGCCUCAAGUAGAUGUAUGGAGUUAACCCCUUCUUUAGCAUGUUCAUCUAAAUGUGUCUUUUGUUGGAGACAUGGUACUAAUCCAGUUUCAAAGAACUGGAGAUGGGAUGUUGAUGAACCUGAGUAUAUCCUUGAAAAUGCUCUACAAAAUCACUACUCCAUGAUAAAACAAUUGAGAGGUGUUCCUGGUGUCAUUGCUGAAAGAUUUGCUGAUGCUUUCAAGGUACGUCAUUGUGCAUUGUCAUUAGUUGGUGAGCCCAUUCUUUACCCUUAUAUCAAUAGAUUCGUUGAAUUGCUGCAUCAGAAUGAUAUUACCAGUUUCUUGGUAUGUAAUGCUCAGCAUCCUGAACCAUUGAGAAACAUUGGUAAAGUUACACAGUUGUAUGUUUCUAUUGAUGCCCCAACCAAACAAGAAUUGAAAAAAGUUGAUAGACCGCUGUAUAAAGAUUUUUGGGAGAGAAUGUUGGAAUGUCUAGAUAUUUUAAGAGAGGUCCAGUAUCACCAGCGUACGGUUUUUAGAUUAACUUUGGUGAAAGGAUUCAACAUGGGAGAUAUUACAUCCUAUGCUGAUCUAGUUGCCAGAGGUUUACCUUGCUUCAUCGAAGUCAAAGGAGCUACUUUCAGUGGUUCAUCUGAUGGUAAUGGUAAUCCUUUGACAAUGCAAAACAUACCUUUUUAUGAAGAGUGUGUUAACUUCGUCAAGGAAUUCACCAAAGAACUUCAAAGAAGAGGUUUGGGUUAUGAAGUUGCUGCAGAGCAUGCACAUUCAAACUGUAUCCUAAUCGCAAAUACAAAGUUCAAAGUUAAUGGAGAGUGGUACACGCAUAUUGACUUUGAUAAGUUCUUUUCAUUGCUGAAAGACACUGAGAGAAAGGAGCAAUUUACUUAUAUGGAUUACAUGGCCAAGACACCCGAAUGGGCUCUGUUUGGAAAUGGAGGAUUUGCGCCAGGUAACGUUCGUGAGAUAAGAAAGGAAAAGAAAAAGAAGAACCGUGAGGAAAGGGAAAAGGCACUUAAGGAGGCUCAAGCGGCUUUGGAAGUUCAACAGGACGCUUAA